GACUUUUGACAUUUGACUCAAAUUUUAAAAUUCCUAUUGUCAAAUAUAGAGGUUAUCAGGUUAUGUUAUGCCAAUAAAUUUCUAUCCAAAAAUUAUAUUUUAAAAUUACAAAAUGUCUAAAUCAGUUUCUCGUUUGAAAUCUAUGAAGAAAGUAGCUGAUAAAAUCGAUCAUUCUUCUAAACUAAGAACCGAUAUUCCUGCUGGUAUGGCGGCAGCGGGUCCUCCUCUGGGACCUAUGCUUGGACAGCGUAAUAUAAAUAUAGCGGCCUUCUGUAAAGAUUUCAACGAACGUACUGCAAAUAUAAAACCAGGAAUACCAUUGCCAACUCGAGUCAAAGUGAACGCUGACAGAUCUUAUCAGCUCGUUAUUCAUCAGCCUCCAAGCACAUAUUUCCUUAAACAGGCUGCUGGUGUUAGCCGUGGUGCAAUGGAACCAAUUCGAGAAAUUUGUGGUAAAAUAACAUUGAAACAUUUGUAUGAAAUAGCUAAAAUAAAGUCUCAAGAUCCACCACUUGAAUGGAAAUCACUAAAAGAAAUAUGUACAAUGCUAAUUGCUACAGCAAGAACUUGUGGUAUUGAAGUAGUGAAAGAACUUGAUCCUAAGGAAUAUGGUGAAUUUCUACAACAGAGAAAGGUUGUGGUAGAAGAGCAAAAGAAACUAUUGCAAGAAAAGAGAGAAGCUAAGAUGUUAAGAACUGCUUAGUAGUAUAUUUUAUAUGUAAAUAAUAAAUUAGAUUUAUAGAAAAAUAAUAAAUAGAAAAUAUAAUACAUAAUAUAAUUACAAUGUUUAAGUUUUUUCACAAAUUGAACUAAAACUUUGGUUUUAAGUAGGAAAAUGUAAGGACAAAGAAAUGAAUAAAACAAAUAUUUCAAAAAUGUAUUAAACAUGAAAACAAAUUAGGUAAGUACUAUAAUUGAAGUUUUUAUAUAUACAAUUAUUUAUACUGAAUAUCUACAAUACUAUGGACAUCAGUCUAUAAAUUUUAUAUUUAAAAAACUAGUCACAACAUUCAAUAAACAAUUUGGAAAGUAACAAACUA